UUGAUCGUUCUUCAUUGCUCACGUAUCUAUUGUGACGACAAUAUUUCAAAGUUUUUACAAGUUAUUACGGAUCGUGUACCAGUUUUUCAACAUGGACGUUUCUGAGGCACGGCCCUCUGGCGUCAAGCUCAUUACUCGAAAAAAAAUUUACGACAUUAUGAAAGGGUAUACCAAGAACGACAUUAACAAAAAAAUGGACUAUGCUGAAUCUUUUCUGUUGAAUUUUCAAAAUUUUUCAGAAGAACAACGAAAAGAAGAUAUACACAAAUUGUCAAAUCUAAAAUCAGAAAUAAAACGCAGAUGGAUUGCCGCACAUUACAUAGAAGAACUUUUCCUUAAAAGAAAUAAUUGUUGGCUCCAAAUGAUAUUUGAAAUACCAUAA